GGCAAAACAAACAUGUCAGCUGAUGGACGUACAUAAAUCGAUCAUUAUUGAACGUACAACAGGUCUUUGUUUUCCAUUUUCCUGAACCAUAGCUGCACUUCUUGUUGUACUCAGAUCGAUUUAACACUUAGCGCAGUUACCCUUACAAGAAUAAACCCUUUAAUUGCAUUGUCUCCGUCUAAUUAGAAAGUUCUCCCACUCCGUCUCCAUCGCCAACAGUUGACCUUCCAUUUGCCUAUCUGUCCCCCCCUACCAACGUGUAAGCAAUCACAAUCAAUCAUUGUGGUUCACUCGAUCAGUCGAGAACGAGUGAAAUUCCUACGGCAAACUCGCAGUUCUUGUCCGAUAUCUUUCAACGCCCUCAUCCAAGCAUCCUCAUAUCGUAGCAGAAAUAUGGCCCAAACGGUGCAGAAACAGUACAGCUUGGCGGAAGUGGCCCAACACAACAAACCGGACGACGUGUGGAUGGUAAUCCAUGACAAGGUGUACGAUGUGACCAAAUUUCUCCAUGAGCAUCCAGGUGGCGAGGAGGUGCUGAUCGAGUGGGCUGGCAAGGAAGCGACAGCCGAGUUUGAUGACGUUGGACACAGUUCGGAUGCCAAAGAACAAAUGAAGCAAUUCCUGGUCGGUGAAAUCAUCGAGACGGAACGGAAAAAGAAAACUGGCGCCGGCGUGUCUGUCCCUUCCAAUGAAUCCUCAGCAUCGUCCUGGUUUGGAUCGAUUAAGGCGAAAUUUUUCGGUUGAUCCCUCCCGUGCUUGUCACUAGAUUUCAUCCUUACAAACGUUCACCCCUGCCCCAAUCGGCGACCAACGAUCGUGGAUCUACGAAAACACCUGAAGCGCGUAGAGCGAUGCGACUAUAUGUGAUGGCUGUCUAACUUUAAUCUUUUUUUUUCUCUAUUUUGGAUGUCUGGAGUUCGGGUGCAGGGAAUUCUUUUUAGAAUGCAUAGUUUAUAUAUAGCCACUUACAUUAAACAACAUUCUCACUUGUUCCUUGUUAAGCGGGAUAAUUAGGUGCAUUAUUGUGACUGUUUUUGUUUGUUUGUUUUCUCUCUCCACGAAUCGAAUAAAAGCAAGUGAACGGGGGGGAUAUGCCAUGUGAGGCUCCCCUUGGGUGUUUUUAA